UGACAGACGCUUCAGCAGCUUGCAGCAGAGCACGAGCCACAACGGUGUUUUUCUCCGUUUGCAGCCAGCUCGAGCUCCUCGGGGAGAGAAGACACCGACAGAAAGAGAGAGAAACAGGGGCGAGCGAGGGAAAGAGGGGGAAGGAAGGAGCCCUUGGCACACACUUUACUGUCUUCAAAUGUAAUAUUGUACGCUUGGCUUUUGUGUGGAAACGGUGGAGAAGACAAUUCCAUUACAGUCUCACCUCCUACACAAGGGCUUAUCGCAUGCCUGUUCGUCUGCGUUUCUGAGAGAACUGCCGCCGGUAUUUCCGAAGGAAAAAGAUUUAAGCAGUCCUGGAUUGGGCAUCGAGGGAGCCGCGAUGAUCUCCUUGUGGAGGGGGCAAGGAAUGGCGCGGUGGGCAUUAUGUUGGCUUUUGCUCGCGCUUUGGCGGUUUAGCGCCGCGUGUCCCGAGUCUUGCACUUGCACCAACUCAAGGAUCUCAUGCAUCGAUGAAGACCGAGGAAUUGUGGCUUUUCCCCUCCUACCGUCCGAAAUUAAGAUGGAAGAUGUUACUGAAAUAUACAUUGAAAAUCAGAAUAGAUUAUUUUCCAUCAACGACGAGGACCUGAAGUUCUAUAGGAACCUCAGAAAUUUAACUGUGACGAAUACUGGGCUGACCAACAUAUCCCAGCAGGCAUUCCAGAACAACGGAAAGCUACAGUACCUGAAUCUGAAAGACAACAACUUGUUGUCUUUGUCCUGGAAGAGUUUAAGGAAUUUAAACAUUUCCUAUCCGCUUCUGUCGGGGAAUCCUCUGCGGUGCGGCUGUGAGAAUGUGUGGCUCAGGCAGUGGCUGGGGGAGGAGUCUGAGCACCAGGACCUGUACUGUGUGGAGGCUGACGGCAGGACGUGGCCCCUCUCCAAACUCUCUCUCCCAAACUGCGCGUCUCCCUCGGUGACGGUCAGCCCCUCCAGGGUAACGGUGAAGGAGGGGGGCAACGCUGUGCUGAGGUGUCACACGUCGGGGGUGCCCCGCCCCCACCUCUUCUGGAAUAUCAGCCACCUCGUUUCCAGCUAUGAGGUGAUAGACUCAGACCUGGCGUCAGAGCUGCGGCUCACUAACCUGUCCUCUGGAGACAGCGGACACAGCGUCACCUGCACUUCCGAGAACGUGGUGGGAGAAAACACCUCCUCCGUGGUCCUGGACAUCCUGUUUCCUCCGGAGAUCACCAAGCUGACGGACGCCGUGUCGGACCACCACUGGUGCAUCCCCUUCAGCGUGGCGGGGAACCCCAAGCCGGAGCUGCAGUGGCUCUUCAACGGCGAGCCCCUCCCCGAGGGCGACUACAUCAGCACCCAGAUCCACGACAUGACGGAGAACGAGUACCACGGCUGCCUGCAGCUGGACAACCCCACCCACGUCAACAACGGCCAGUACAGCCUGCAGGCCCGCAACAAGUUCGGGAAGGACGAGAAGUCUAUCUUCUCCCACUUCAUGAAGGAACCCUGGGAAAAUGCAACAGGGUCAGAUGCUGCCUAUUAUGAUCCCACCACAGAGGAUACGCCUGUGGACCCAGAGGACAGCGCAGCGGUGUACGUAGUGGUUGGAAUCGCGGCUGUCGCCUUCACUGGAUUUGUCCUGAUGUUGAUUAUCCUGAAGUUUGGAAGGAACUCUAAGUUUGGAAUCAAAGGUCCUUCCUCAGUCAUCAGUAAUGACGACGACUCUGCGAGUCCCCUGCACCACGUCUCCAAUGGCAGCAAUACGCCCUCGUCCUCAGAGAUGGGCCCAGACGCCGUCAUCAUCGGCAUGACCAAAAUCCCCGUCAUAGAGAACCCGCAAUACUUCCGCAGCACCGGCAGCAUGCUGAAGUCCGACACCUGUAAGUACAGCUUUGUCCAGCACAUUAAGAGGCAUAACAUCAUGCUGAAGCGUGAGCUGGGGGAGGGGGCGUUUGGGAAGGUCUUCCUGGCCGAGUGCUACAACCUGACCCCCGAGCAGGAGAAGAUCCUGGUGGCCGUGAAGACCUUGAAGGAGGCCAGUGAGAAUGCUCGUAAAGACUUUCAGCGAGAGGCGGAGCUCCUGACUAACCUGCAGCACGAGCACAUCGUCACCUUCUAUGGGGUGUGCGUGGAAGGAGACCCGCUCAUCAUGGUGUUUGAGUACAUGAAGCACGGAGACCUCAACAAGUUCCUCAGGGCCCAUGGUCCGGACGCGGUGCUGAUGGACGGGCAGCACUGCUUGCAGGUGGAGCUGACGCAGCCGCAGAUGCUGCACAUCGCACAGCAGAUCGCGGCCGGCAUGGUCUACCUGGCCUCCCAGCACUUCGUCCACCGCGACCUGGCCACACGCAACUGCCUGGUGGGGGAGAACCUGCUGGUGAAGAUCGGAGACUUUGGCAUGUCCCGGGACGUCUACAGCACCGACUACUACAGGGUGGGGGGCCACACGAUGCUGCCGAUUCGCUGGAUGCCCCCGGAGAGCAUCAUGUACAGGAAGUUCACCACGGAGAGUGACGUGUGGAGCUUGGGCGUGGUCCUGUGGGAGAUCUUCACCUACGGCAAACAGCCCUGGUACCAGCUCUCCAACAACGAGGUGAUCGAGUGCAUCACGCAGGGGCGCGUGCUGCAGAGGCCCCGCACCUGUCCGAAGGAGCUGUACGACCUGAUGCUGGGGUGCUGGCAGCGCGAGCCCCACAUGAGGCUGAACAUCAAAGACAUCCACUCGCUGCUGCACAACCUGUCGCGCGCCUCGCCCGUCUACCUGGACAUCCUGGGCUAACCGCCCGCCGCCCCCGCCCGCCCCGCCCCCCUGCCACGCCCACUCGCCGCUGGAGCGCGUGUGUGUGUGUGUGAGUGUGCAUGUGUGUGUGUGUGUCUGAGCAUGGGUGUGUGUGUGUGUGUGUGUGUGUGCGCGCGUGGGUGUGUGUGUCUGUGUGGGACUGAUGGCAUUAUUGAAGAAGGCAAGAAAAGGCUAUUUCUAUAGGGGGCCUCUAACUCUCCCUUCCCUGUGCAAUACUGACCUGACCUUCUCACCCUAUUCUCCCCCCCCCCUUCUCUCCAUCCCUCUAUCCUUCUUUUGUAUCAAACUUGCUUCUGCCCACCUGAACUUGCCAUGGACAAAGCGACUCAGUAAACCUUAAUGGGCAAAUCUCUGUUUCCUGCGUUUCCUGGUUUCUCUGUACUCGUGAGGACACUGAUGGAGCCCAUCAGCAUCGGCGGGGAACCCAUGCUCACCUUCUGCUGUAAAUAUGAAAAUAUGAAAUAUUGGCCAUGGCUGGACCUUGCCAUGUUGUUCCUAACUGCUGUGCACCCUGCAACAGGUCAAUGCGUGCAGGAGAAAAAGAGAGAGAGAGAGAGAGAGAAAGAGAGAGAGAGAGAGCUGCAGAGCCGCCUGCUGUAAUGGUGCGACUGUCUUUCGGCCUGUGUACCCGCCCCCAAACCCCCCUCCCCCCCCCCCUUCCCCCGCGCGCCCCCCUUAUCCGUCCCUCCGCUUUACUUUGGGAACACCACCGCUGGAGUCCUGCUCAGACAGAGAGGGUUCGCGGGGUUCGGAUUCCGAAAAAAUCCAAGACAAUCAGUGCGCGAGGGGUGUGAACGCCCCCGACAGAUUACAGGCUUAUCAGGACGUUAGUGGCCCCCCCCCACCCCCCCACCCCCCCGGCCCUUUACAGUAUCUUUGUGGGAGGGGAAAAUUGAAUUGUGCAUGUUUUUCACUUGUUGAGUAACGCGGUGAUGUGAAGACGGAGCGCGUCUCCGCUGCAGUCUGGUGUAGAUCUCAUUACGGCGGCUAAUGCGCCAUUAGCACGGCCCAGAUGUGCCCGGCGACUAAGAAACGGUCAUUCAAGAUUUAUGCUUUUAUUGGAAGAUUCUCCUUUAGGGAGCCAUAUCAGAUUCAGCCCCCUCUGCCACACACACACACACGCAAGGAUACACUCUCAGUACACAUACACACACACACACACUCACAAAGACACAUUGAGCGCGGACACACACACACACACACACACACACCGUGCUCAUACAUGCAGUACACAUGCACUCACACACACACAGUACACAUACACGUGCACACACACACGCACAGUACACAUAUGCACAUACAGGGACACUUCAGAGAUUUACAAUCAGUAUUUAUUUUGAAGAGAGACCUUCAGUCCUGUAAUGUACUUUUGUAUCAUUCGUUCAGCCUUUUUAAAGUGGAUGGCGGUGGAAUGAUAUCACACAGUGUUGGUAAAAGCAGUUUUUUAAUAGUCUAUUUUUAUACUUAUUUAACUUGAAGAACUUUUACAUUUGUUCUCUUUUGUUUCUUUAUCGGGCACGGAUGACAUUUUUAAGGGGUUGCUUAGUUGCUGACUUACUGAUUAUUUGUUGAAUUAUUGAUCAGUUGUUGAAUUUCUUGAGGGGCUCAGUCCUUGUACAGGAGUGACAGUUGAAGAGUUUGAAAAGCUGUUUGUUCUUCCUGUACACGGUACUGUCUGCACUGAGAACAAGCAGAGCCACAGCCACCUGCAGAAAGGGUUUCUAAGCGAUUUCCGGAGUUUGUAUUUGUUCUGUUAAGUGUUAAGUUAAAUGAAGUUAUUUUUGGUUUUUUGGAGGACUGGGGGACCCCAGAUCAGCUCCUGAUGUUGGAGUUUUGUGAUGUAAUGGGCAUUACCAUGGUAACGUCGCUCAGCCAACCACAGUACAGAAAACACACCGUUAUCGCAGAAAUAACCGGAAUUCGUUGUGUCCAGCUGAGGAGCCAAUCAGAGUCUGUUUAUGUGACCUGCACUGUAAGAGGAAGUGGCGCGGCCCUGUGUUGUGAGAAUGUUCAUAUUGUUACCAGGGAAACCCUCCCAUUUUGGGAAAUACAAAACACAAAAUAAUCGAUGCCCCACCCCUGCCCCCCCCCCCCCAUCCAAAAAAGGGGUUCAAUUUUGCGGUGAUUGAUUGUAUCGUUAAAAUUUUUAAAAAUGAUUUUCCUCCCUGAAAGCUGUGUGUAGUGAGAAGGGAAUUUGAGGCAGGAUGAGGGCGGGGUCACCUGCCGAUCUCAGGUGUCGGACACGCCCACCACUGAGCAGGUGCAGGAGGACAGUUCGCUGGCCUGUUCCCUCUCGUGCUGGAAAGUGAGACGGACUUGUACAUAACCCUGGCCCAUCCCUCUCUCUCCGUCCGAGGGAGGGGGCGCGUAUCUCAGACACAGGGGGUGUAAAUGUGCCUCUUUCUCUGUACUGAAGAAACGGGGGGGGGGGGGGGGGUUGGGGGUUGUGUGGCGCAGGACUUUGCUGUAAAUUGUUCUGUGUUAUGUGUCUGUAGAUAGUGUAUGUAACAGUACUGUAAAUACGAACUCACCCUCCCCCUCUCCCCCCCCCCCCCCGCCUGGUGCCACGGGCUGGCCAGCUGGAGCCCCUAUGUCAACACUAGUACUGAACACUGCUACUUAACACUGCAACACUCAACCCUGCGACACCCCCCCCCCCCCACACCCCCACCAACAAAACUGCUUCUGAACACUACGCCACUCAAUGCUGCUGCAGAAUACCACGGUGAUUUAACAAUGCUACCGAACUCAACACUACUGCUGAACAGCGCAGCACUGAACACUGAGACAUUCAACACUGCUAAAAGGACACUGACGUACUCAACACUGCUUCUGACGGCUACAGUAUUAUUGAGCGCGGAGGCGGCACCAAGCAUCACGUCUGUUUCUCACUGCCUUUCAUGACCUACGCAUCCGACUGCAUUCUAAAGACUCCAGGAGCUCUUUCAUGCUCUGGUGCCAGAGACUCUGUACAGGACGGACACCAGACUUCAUUUUACGAUAAUGAACUCGGUGACUGUGCCUGUCAUUAAUAUUACGGCUGUUAUUGAUUAUUGACUGGGUAAAGACAGAUUCACUGAGUAAUACAUGGUGUUUGAAGCAGCAUUGGAGAAAGACUGAACAGCAGUCUUUUAAUGUAGCUCCACCCCUCUCUGAUGUCACUGGCCAUUCCUUAGCCAAUUCAGUCUACAGUAUCUCAACCCCAUUUACACUAAUCACACCCUCACCAAUCCCCAUUUACACUAAUCACACUCUCACCAAUCAUCAUUUACACUAAUCACACCCACACCAAUCCCCAUUUACACUAAUCACACCCUCACCAAUCCCCAUUUACACUAAUCACACCCUCACCAAUCCCCAUUUACACUAAUCACACCCUCACCAAUCCCCAUUUACACUAAUCACACCCACACCAAUCCCCCUGUACACUAAUCACACCGUCACCAAUCCCCAUUUACACUAAUCGCACCCUCACCAAUCCCCAUUUACACUAAUCGCACACUCACCAAUCCCCAUUUACACUACACAAAUCUAAUGCUCUCCAAUCCCCAUUUUACACAAAUCACAACCUUACUAAUCCUCAAUUCCACUAAUCACACCAUCAUUAAUCUCCAUUUACACCAAUCACAUCCAUUCCAAUCCUAAUUUACACUAAAUCACACCCUAAUAAAAAGGCCUGCCCACUAAAUCUGACUGGCAGAUCUGAAUAUUAGAUUGUAACUCCUCCUCCUCCUCCUGUCAGUGCAGGGCUCCAGCACUGACAAAUCAGAAAUGCUGACCUCAUGAGAGGUGUGGCCUCGGGGGGGGACGGGGCCAGCCGAUUGGCUCGACCGCGCUCUGCGUUCCUAAUCCGUGACUCAGCAUAAGGAAAAAGCUCUUCUGUUGAAUGUAUCUGUGGACUGUGUUCUCUGAUUGUUCUUCACUCUCAGGCACCACGGAGUCCCGCCCCCCCAGCCAUCUGUCUGCGGCCCACGGGGCCCACCCAUAGGCCGCUGCCACUGUCAUUAUUACUCAUGUGUACCAUGUGAUCAGCUUCUCUAAAAGCAAAUGGAAAAGUCUCUUGUAAUACAGUGUAUUUAAUAAAAGUGUCAUGUCUUACAAAAACA